UACCUUCUCCAGAGAAGACAUAGAUGGGACGGGAUCCACUAAAUUCUGGUUCUGCUUCUACAAGUGUCAUCCAACUCAAAAGCAACAACUGUCCUGUUUCCUGCAACAAGGAAGAGAAGAAACUCCGAUUGUUCGGCUUUGAGUUGGAUGCGUCUGACCAUAAGGCCAAUGAGAAAGAGCGGUAUCUGAGCAACUCUGUUGAGGAUGUAGAUGCAAAAGAAGACGGUGUGCUGAUAUCUUCGCACUCUUUCUCUGUCGCGAAACAGAAAUCAGACAAGGAAAAGUGCUUCAUACCUGAAGCUGAAAACAAGAAGUACGGAUGCCAGUUCUGUUUAAAAGAGUUUGCAAAUUCUCAGGCACUUGGGGGCCAUCAAAACGCUCACAAAAAGGAGAGACUGAAGAAGAAAAGGCUGGAGCUGCAAGCCAGGAAGGCUGGCAUCAAUUACUACCUCCAGCCCUUAAUCAAAAGCCAUGGCUUGGGAUACAACAACUCGUCACGAUGGUCCUAUGAUACACCAAGAUGUGUUCCGGAAUUCCUGCUCCUAGAAGAAUCUCAUGGAAGUUUCAAACCUAUGGAUCAGAGUUUUUAUAUGAAUGGACUUUGCAACUCCGGCGUGCCAGCUUUUGAAUUUCGUGCUUCCGUUCCUCAGAGCACCUGUUCAUUUGGGAUGAUGCAACCAGACUUGCUCAAGGAGAAUAUGCCUGUGAUUCUCAAGCCUUUAUCCUUUUCCUCUUCUGGUCAAAACCAUAAAACUUUAGAUCUACAGUUGGGCCCUCCAACAGCCAGGAGUACUCUUUUUACCUCACCGAAGAAUGGACUCUAAUCUCUUUUGUUUUUCACCAUGUAUUAUAAUUAUUUAGGUAUGAUGCAAGCCUUGUAAGGUACUAUUCAUGCCAUUUUCAAGUUCAUGAGGUUCUUGAACCAGGAGAGCCAAAAGAUAAGGCUCAUGGUUUUAGACAAACAAGGCUUAAUAGCAUUUGAAUAUAAAAAGUGUUCAAGAGUAGAGAGAACUUUAUGUAUGUGAUAGUGUUUUUCAUUGUUGUAUUAUUCUUUUGGGUUUAUGCAUGUGGUCAAAUUUCAUGGAAUUUUAA